AUGGACGUGAAGUCCGCUUUCCUUAACGGAGAGCUGAAGGAGACCGUCUACGUCCGACAACCACUUGGCUUCCUAGACAACGACAACCCUGGUAAGUUCAAGCGCUGUGCCUCUAAGCAUGGCAUAUACACGCACGACCACGGUGAUAGUGACAUGGAUACUGCUGGGCUAGCAGACAGUAACCUUACAAGGACGUCAAUGGAGGCCCGGCUCCAACUAAGGAAGGCCGACACUACGACGACAAUCGACUCCACCAAUUACCGCAGCAUUGUCGGAAGUCUGCGCUAUUUGGUAAACACUCAUCUUGAUCUUGCUUAUUUUGUUGGAUAUGUGAGCAGGUUUAUGGAAGAACCUAGGGAGGAGCAUCUAGUGGUUGUCAAGCACAUCCUGGGCUAUGUAGUCGGAACCAGAGGCUGGGGUGUUAGAUACUGCGCAGGGAGAGAAACUCAAGUUGGUCGGCUACAGUGA